AAUCUCCCUUCCCAGUCCCAAUUUUUCUUUUUGGGACAUAUCUUAAGGUACUUUUUGGGACAUAUCUUAAGUAAAUAGUUCGUACCAAAAAACCAAUCUCAGCAAUGGCGUCGCGGUUUUUGGCUCCAACCAUGUCGAUCCUAGUGGGGAUUCUGCUGCUUUUUGUGCACACAUCUCCAGUAGGCGCGGCAGGGGAAGUAUACAAAGAUCCAAACCAGCCUGUGGAAGCCAGAGUGCAAGAUCUUCUGCAGAAGAUGACGUUGGCUGAGAAAAUCGGACAGAUGACACAACUUGAGAGGGAGAACAUGACUGCUGAAAUCAUCAAGAACAACUUCAUUGGCAGCUUGCUCAGCGGUGGAGGAAGCGUGCCGAAAACAAAUGCAACUGCCAAAGAUUGGGUUGAUAUGAUAAAUGAGUUCCAAAAGGGAGCUAUGUCGACUCGUCUAGGCAUUCCAAUCAUCUAUGGCAUUGAUGCUGUUCAUGGUCACAAUAAUGUGUACAAAGCCACAAUUUUCCCUCACAAUGUAGGCCUUGGGGCUUCAAGGGAUCCUGACCUAGUCAAGAGGAUUGGUGCUGCUACUGCCCUUGAAGUUAGAGCAACAGGCAUUCCAUACGCUUUCGCUCCUUGUAUCGCGGUUUGCAGAGAUCCAAGAUGGGGAAGAUGCUAUGAAAGCUACAGUGAGGAUCACACAGUUGUGCAACAGAUGACAGAACUGGUGACCGGUUUACAAGGUGAUGCUCCGAGUGGAUAUCCUGAAGAUUAUCCUUACCUUGGUGGAAAGACUAAGGUGGUUGCUUGUGCAAAGCACUAUGUUGGUGAUGGAGGCACAGUUAAAGGAAUCAAUGAGAACAACACACUCAUUGAUUGGAAGGGACUCCUCGACAUUCACAUGCCCGCGUAUCCCGACACAAUCAGGAAGGGUGUUGGAACGGUUAUGAUUUCUUACUCCAGCUGGAAUGGCAAGAAAAUGCAUGCUAACUAUGAUCUUGUGACCACCCACCUCAAGGGUGUUCUAAAAUUCAAGGGAUUUGUUAUCUCUGAUUGGCAAGGGAUUGACAGAAUCACGUACCCAGAACACUCAAACUACACCUACUCUGUUGAAGCCUCUAUCAAUGCAGGACUUGACAUGAUAAUGGUUCCCUACAACUACAAUGAAUUCAUUGGCAUCCUAACCCAACUAGUACAAAAGAAUUACGUCUCCAUGAGCAGAAUUGAUGAUGCAGUUGCUCGGAUUUUGAGAGUUAAAUUUGUAGCAGGGCUUUUCGAGAAUCCUUAUGCUGACCUCAGUCUAGCAGAUCAAAUCGGAAGCAAGGAUCAUAGGGAGUUGGCUAGGGAAGCUGUGAGGAAAUCAUUAGUCCUCUUGAAGAAUGGAAAGAACUCAAAUAGUCCUUUACUUCCUCUACCUAAAAAAUCAGGCAAAGUUUUGGUUGCUGGAUCUCAUGCCAACAACAUUGGUUUACAAUGUGGAGGUUGGACCAUCACAUGGCAUGGAACACCAGGAAACAACUACACCACUGGAACCACAAUCUUCGACGGGAUCAAAUCAACAGUUGAUCCCGGAACAAAGGUGAUCUACAGGAACAACCCAAGUGACAAAUUCUUGAAGGACACGAAAUUCGACUACGCGGUUGUGGUGGUUGGAGAGGUUCCUUAUUCUGAGACCCAAGGGGACAACUUGAACUUAACAAUACCUCAACCUGGACUAGAUACAGUUCAAACAGUCUGCAAGAACAUCAAGUGCGUCGUCGUGUUGAUCUCCGGAAGACCCCUCGUGAUCGAGCCUUACCUUUCGGACAUGGAUGCACUUGUCGCAGCAUGGCUUCCGGGAUCUGAAGGAAAAGGUGUGGCAGAUGUGCUGUUUGGAGAUUUCCCUUUCACUGGAAAACUUCCAAGAACUUGGUUCAAGAGGGUAGACCAGCUACCAAUGAAUGUAGGAGAUGCUCAUUAUGAUCCAUUAUUUCCAUUUGGUUUUGGAUUGGAAACUCACCCUGCUGCUGCUGCUAAGGCUCAGUAGAAUGCAACACUUAUAUCUACUACUACUAUAAGCAUUUUGAUAUGAAAUUCAUAUCUGGAUAUAGAGUGAGAGAACUUAUUACUUAUGUACGGCGAAAAGAAUAAAUUAUCAAUAAAUAAAUUCCUACUUCUUACAAUUUGAUCUUUUCUUUUUAUUAGUCCCCACCCACCCCCCCGGCUGAAAGCGCAUCAUAAUCAACCAGUUAAACUAUUUUUUUUUUU